ACUCUAAAGUUUCCAAAACUGUCAAAAUAUUGUCUGUGAGUAUAACAGAACUGAUUUUGCAGGCGAAAACCUGAGGAAAUCCAACCCGGAAGUGCCUCUUAUUUUGAAAAAUCCCUGUUCCACUGCCUGCCUAUCCUCCAUUUAAAGGGAUAUCAACCAGAUUCCUUUUCCAAUGGCUUCCACAGGCCGUGAACAGGCUUUAGACAUAGUUUCAAGCUUUUAUUCUGAAAAAUUAGCGAGAUUUAUCAAAUCGCGUCAGUGGAUAGCCAGAUGUCCUUUGAUUAGUUCUUGCGUGCGAAAGUGGUAGCUCAACAUUGUCUUUCUCUAUUGUAUUGAAUAGUUUACCUACCGGAUAGUUUACCUACCGGUUGAAAUAUUCUCAUUAUAAAGAUUAUUUAUGUUACAAACAACCUGAGGAUUGAUUAUAAAAACGUUUUACAUGUUUCUACGAACUUUACGGAUACUAUUUGGAAUUAUCGUCUGCCCUUCAUGACCUGCCUGAGCCUGUGGAUUUCUGAACAUAACGCGCCAAACAAAUUGAGUUUUUUUUAUAUAAAAAUAAUCCCUAUUGUCUGCAGAUUUUGCUUGAAGAACCAGAACAACAUCUCUGUGCACCUCAACAGAGUGUGCAUGAAGCUAAAACCAUAACAAGAGAUUGAUCAAGAAGUCGCCGCUGCCCGAGAUUCCAUGGUACAGCAUCUUUUGCAAGGUAGGAUGGUUGACUACAGCUCACUCAGUUAUAUCGUUACACAACAAGACGCACUCCGACUCCUGAUCCAGAAGUUAGAACAAACUGGUCACAUUAUUAAGAACAAGCCAGAAGACAAACAAAUACACGGGUAAGCUAUUUUUGACACUGAUAAAUAAUAUAUAUGCAAGUUACAUAAUAAUUUAACUCAUUUGAACUGUUGUUUGAUUGCAAUAUAAUAUCAAUGUUUUUGUUUAUCUGUGUGAUAUUUCAGCCAAGUGGAAGUGGCUCAUGUAUUGUCACCAACUGAAGCUGCAGAAUCAGACAUCAACAUGGAGGAUGACCAGUCUGCCUUGUACCAACUGCCAGCGAACCAGUCAUGGGACAACAAACUGACAAAGGGGAUGCAAGCAGUGGUUUAUAAGGUACACAGAUGAUGUUGAACUACAAAUCUACUGAUGUUUUGACAGUCGGAUGCACUCUCCUGCCCAGAUAAAGAUGAUAGCUACGUCACGGGUAGAGUGAGGCUGCAGAGGACAGAUAGAGGUGAUAGCUACGUCACGGGUAGAGUGAGGCUGCAGAGGACAGAUAGAGGUGAUAGCUACGUCACGGGUAGAGUGAGGCUGCAGAGGACAGAUAGAGGUGAUAGCUACGUCACGGGUAGAGUGAGGCUGCAGAGGACAGAUAGAGGUGAUAGCUACAUCAUGGGUAGAGUGAGGCUGCAGAGGACAGAUAGAGGUGAUAGCUACGUCACGGGUAGAGUGAGGCUGCAGAGGACAGAUAGAGGUGAUAGCUACAUCAUGGGUAGAGUGGGGCUGCAGAGGACAGAUAGAGGUGAUAGCUACGUCACGGGUAGAGUGAGGCUGCAGAGGACAGAUAGAGGUGAUAGCUACAUCAUGGGUAGAGUGGGGCUGCAGAGGACAGAUAGAGGUGAUAGCUACAUCAUGGGUAGAGUGAGGCUGCAGAGGACAGAUAGAGAUGAUAGCUACAUCACGGGUAGAGUGGGGCUGCAGAGGACAGAUAGAGGUGAUAGCUACAUUAUAGGCAGAGUGAGGCUGCAUAGGACAGGUAGAGGUGAUACCUACAUCAUAGGUAGAGUGAGGCUGCAUAGGAGAGGUGAUAGCUACAUCACGGGUAGAGUGGGGCUGCAGAGGACAGAUAGAGGUGAUAGCUACAUUAUAGGCAGAGUGAGGCUGCAUAGGACAGAUAGAGGUGAUAGCUACAUCAUGGGUAGAGUGAGGCUGCAGAGGAGAGGUGAUAGCUACAUCAUGGGUAGAGUGGGGCUGCAGAGGACAGAUAGAGGUGAUAGCUACAUCAUGGGUAGAGUGAGGUUGCAGAGGACAGAUAGAGAUGAUAGCUACAUCACGGGUAGAGUGGGGCUGCAGAGGACAGAUAGAGGUGAUAGCUACAUUAUAGGCAGAGUGGGGCUGCAUAGGACAGAUAGAGGUGAUAGCUACAUCAUGGGUAGAGUGAGGCUGCAGAGGAGAGGUGAUAGCUACAUCAUGGGUAGAGUGGGGCUGCAGAGGACAGAUAGAGGUGAUAGCUACAUCAUGGGUAGAGUGAGGCUGCAGAGGACAGAUAGAGGUGAUAGCUACAUCAUGGGUAGAGUGAGGCUGCAGAGCACAGAUAGAGGUGAUAGCUACAUCAUGGGCAGAGUGAGGCUGCAGAGGACAGAUAGAGGUGAUAGCUACAUCAUGGGUAGAGUGAGGCUGCAGAGGACAGAUAGAGGUGAUAGCUACAUCAUGGGUAGAGUGAGGCUGCAGAGGACAAAUAGAGAUGAUAGCUACAUCACGGGUAGAGUGGGGCUGCAGAGGACAGAUAGAGGUGAUAGCUACAUUAUAGGCAGAGUGAGGCUGCAUAGGACAGGUAGAGGUGAUACCUACAUCAUAGGUAGAGUGAGGCUGCAUAGGAGAGGUGAUAGCUACAUCACGGGUAGAGUGGGGCUGCAGAGGACAGAUAGAGGUGAUAGCUACAUUAUAGGCAGAGUGAGGCUGCAUAGGACAGAUAGAGGUGAUAGCUACAUCAUGGGUAGAGUGAGGCUGCAGAGGAGAGGUGAUAGCUACAUCAUGGGUAGAGUGGGGCUGCAGAGGACAGAUAGAGGUCAUAGCUACAUCAUGGGUAGAGUGAGGCUGCAGAGGACAGAUAGAGGUGAUAGCUACAUCAUGGGUAGAGUGAGGCUGCAGAGGACAGAUAGAGAUGAUAGCUACAUCACGGGUAGAGUGGGGCUGCAGAGGACAGAUAGAGGUGAUAGCUACAUUAUAGGCAGAGUGAGGCUGCAUAGGACAGAUAGAGGUGAUAGCUACAUCAUGGGUAGAGUGAGGCUGCAGAGAAGAGGUGAUAGCUACAUCAUGGGUAGAGUGGGGCUGCAGAGGACAGAUAGAGGUGAUAGCUACAUCAUGGGUAGAGUGAGGCUGCAGAGGACAGAUAGAGGUGAUAGCUACAUCAUGGGUAGAGUGAGGCUGCAGAGGACAGAUAGAGGUGAUAGCUACAUCAUGGGUAGAGUGAGGCUGCAGAGGACAGAUAGAGGUGAUAGCUACGUCACGGGCAGAGUGGGACUGCGUAGGACAGAUAGAGGUGAUAGCUACAUCAUGGGCAGAGUGAGGCUGCAGAGGACAGAUAGAGGUGAUAGCUACAUCAUGGGCAGAGUGAGGCUGCAGUAGCCUAACGGGAGUGCUUUUUAGCAAAUGUUGAGUACAACACUUAUGUUGUACAUAAGUGUUAAAUAACAUGGUCUAUCUCCACAUUCUGUAUCGUUACAAUUUUUUGUUAAGUAGUUACAUUGCAGUAAACUUUGAUGACCGCUAUGUCAAAGCAUUUAACUAAUAAAUUGUCUGUAAAAAUGUCUAGUAGACUUUUUUUCAGAUGUACGCCACUAGUUUACUGUAUAAUACAGUGAAUAUGGAGUUAUUUUAAUUCAGAUUUAAUUUGGUGCUGUGUUAUGCACUAUAUACACUUUAUUUAGUUGUAUGUGUGGUUUACAUUAGUAUGAAAAUUAUAA